AUGGGUGAUAGGACACUGACACUGGUCUUCGCUUUCCUCACCGUCACCUUCUACGUCGACGGAUGCUUCCUCAACUCGUGUCCCUACCGAAGGAUCGGGAGGAGUAACCAGCAGACGGCACCAGUUGUGAAUCCACUUCCAUCGACUGACAUUACGGUAGAUACCUGCGGAAUCUGUGGUAAGUUUUGACAUGGUAUUCUUUGAUGUUAUUGUAGUUUUUGUAACUAAAUCCCACUUCCUUUACCUUAAUUCUGGCAAGAUUAGCAACAGAUAUUAGAAAACAUUUUGUGGGUCAUCCAGAUCUUUUUGUUUUAUGACGUUUUUAGCCAUAUCUUACCCUAACCUUGUUUAAUACUUGUAUUUAUAUUAACUAUGCCUUUGCUUAACAAUAGCUUGUCUUGUAGCAAUUGUUGAAACAUAAUACUAUACGUAUGGUUAAACAUAAUAUAUUUGCAAUUUCAUUUCCGUUGAUAGAGGUUUAAUGACAUUUUGCAGGAGCCAAAAGCAAUGGGAUCUGCGUGAACGAACGUGUUUGUUGUACUGUAGACGAGUGCAAAGAAGACGUUGGCUGCCAGAACGUGCACGCCUGUCCACUACCGUUAUGCAUCAUAGAUAACGGCCCGGGAUUCUGUGCCACCAACACGUUAUGUUGUGCUGAUAGUAAGUUACACAUACAUCUAUCAUUUUGUAAACUCACUCAGUAAAUAUUUUUGUGGUGAUGUUAUGUUGUACGUAACAGCGAAAAGUACAGUCAAGAGUUACAGUAUUUUUGAAAUGCACUUUAUAGUUUUAUGAUGUGUAAAGUGCAAUAAAUUUUGCAGCUUUUAAGAAUUAAAGUAACUGUGACAUACGCACAGUAAUAUUCUGUAAUGCUAGAUGUACAAUACAUCAUAAUAACCAUGACAAUAUUUACCUUGAGGAACGUUACCUCGGUGAAAUUACAUCGUAAGACCGUGAUUAUGUUUUAAACCAUUUCGAAGAAAUCCUUUUGGCUGUCGUAAACAGUAAUUUUACUGGAGCGUGAUGUUUGUUUCCUAACAUAACGUGUAAUAAGACUGACAAUUGUCUCCGGCUAUUAACAAAGGGAUUAGUUCAGUACUUUCAGAGUUUUGCCAACGAAAUCUGCAAUGUAUGGUGGUGGCGUCGAAGCAGCUGAACCUGUGA